AUGGGAACUCGAUCAAGUCGAACAACAGAAGACUUGGUCGAGCUAGAUUUCACCACGGGUAGAAAGAGAAGUCAGAGAACUCAUAGGGUACAAGUGGAACCUGAGGUGCUUGUAACUGAAACCAUGGAUGUACCAAAGGGUAAUGGAAACCCUUUGGGCAAUGGACUCGGUCGAGCUAGGCAACCUCGACCGAUUGGUCUAGGAGAUGCUCCAAACCGCCAUCAACAAAGACAAGGGAUUGUCCCACCACCUGUUGAUGUCUUUUGGAGCAUUCUGGAGCAUAUGGGACAUGAGGAGCAUGGAGGGACUUGGCACAUGGAAGCAGCUCAACUGGAUACGCAAAGGAAGAAGGGAGAAGCCAUCUUGAAGACCAGCUCGACCGUCUACUCGACCAACCGGUCGAGUUCCUCAACUCGACCGGCCAAGCUUCAACUCGAUCGAGCUGAGAAGUCAACAGUCAAACCCGAAAAAUGUUGCUUCCCCCUUGACUUUCCUUUGACCCUAAACCUAAUCCUCUUUGUAUUUAAAGGCUAA